CUCUCUCUCGCAGUACCCCCCCCCCCCCUUCUCUCUCUCUGUUUUGUCUCUCCCCUAUUCCCUUCACAUUCACAGAUCUUGGCAACCACUCGACGCUGAAACAACGAGUCAUGGAGGUUUCCGAUUAUUUGGAGGGUGUAACGAAAAGAUACCUCGAGCCGUUCUGCUUCUAUCACGUUUUUGGGUUCGUUUGUAUAAUCUAUAUUGCGAUGACACUGACAAGAGUGGCUCUAAAAAGAAAGAGGUUGAUACGUGAAUUCGAACAGUUUCCAGGACCACCUGCACACUGGCUGUUUGGAAACGUCAACGACUUUCUGCAGGAUGGAACUGAUCUGGAGAAGAUAACCACAUGGGGAGAAAGGUAUCCCUAUGCCUUCCCCUUGUGGUUUGGCCCCACCCUUGCCAUUUUAAAUAUCCAUCAUCCAGCUUAUGUGAAGACCAUUCUGUCAUCAACAGAACCGAAGGAUGACUUUGGAUACAGAUUUCUCACACCGUGGAUUGGAGAAGGUUUGCUUGUGUCUGCGGGACAAAGAUGGUUUCGCCACAGAAGACUCCUCACACCUGGCUUCCAUUAUGAUAUCUUGAAGCCUUAUGUGAAACUAAUGGCAGAUUCUGCCAAAGUCAUGUUGGACAAGUGGGAAGCCUAUGCAAAAACAGAGGAGUCCUUUGAACUUUUUCAGCAUGUUAGCCUUAUGACACUGGAUAGCAUAUUGAAAUGUGCCUUUAGCUGCCACAGCAACUGUCAAACAGAGAGUGGGUCCAACAAAUAUAUACAGGCAGUGUAUGAGCUAUGUGACCUGAUAAACAUCCGGUUCCGAAUGCUUCCGUAUCACAGUGAUAUCAUCUUUCAUCUCAGUCCACAUGGCUACAGAUAUAGGAGGGCAUGCAAAAUUGCGCACAACCAUACAGAGGAAGUCAUAAGAAAGAGGAAAGAAGCUUUAACUAAUGAAAAGGAGCAGCAAUUUUCUCAGAAGAAGAGAAAUUUAGACUUUCUGGAUAUUCUUCUUUGUGCUCGAGAUGAGCAGCAGCAGGGCUUGUCGGAUGAAGACAUUCGAGCAGAGGUGGACACUUUUAUGUUUGAGGGACACGACACUACAGCUAGUGGCCUUGCAUGGAUCCUGUACAUUUUGGCCAACAACCCUGAGCACCAGGAAAAGUGUAGAAAAGAGAUCCAGCAGGUGCUAAAGGGAAAGGACAGUAUAGACUGGGAGGACGUCAAUAAAGUACCAUACACCACGAUGUGCAUUAAGGAGUCCCUGCGUCUCUAUCCGCCUGUACCAGGAAUGGCACGGAAAGUGACCAAACCCAUGACGUUUUUUGAUGGAAGAACAGUGCCUGACGGUUGUAUUGUUGGGACCAGUGUGUAUGGAAUCCACCGUAAUGCCACCGUCUGGGAGAAUCCAAAUGUGUUCGACCCAUUAAGAUUUCUGCCAGAGAACACAGCUAAGAGAUCACCUCAUGCUUUUGUUCCCUUCUCUGCUGGAUCAAGGAACUGCAUCGGACAGAACUUUGCUAUGAAUGAGAUGAAAGUGGUGGUGGCCCUGACACUGAAGAAGUACAUUCUCAUCAAGGACCCAGAUCAUACCCCAAAGAUGAUCCCUCGAUUAGUGCUUAGAUCUAUUAAUGGAGUUAACAUUAAGAUCAGAUUUGUUGAAAAUGAGCCUUAGAAAGAUAAAAUCCUAAUUAUCAUAAAAUCCCAAUCAGAAAUUAGUAAAACCAGUAUUAGCUCUAAAUUUACUAAUAAAAAGCCUGACACAUAGUAUGGGCUUUCUUUACUAUUAAUUACCAUGCAUCUGGUGUUGCAAUACAACAGCAACAAGUAGCAUUGUCACUGCUAAAUGUGUUAAAUAUUAAAUUAACUUUAAUAACAGGUUUGAUUCUUAAAAUUGUUCAUUUUAAACUGUGAAGAAAUGUGUAUAUGUAUGUGUAUAACUGUGUUAUACAUCCAUAACUGCAUUUUUUAAAUGCAAUGAACAUUAAUAACUUCUUUCCCCCUCUAUGUACUAAUGUUAGAGUACGUGAGUACAUAAGACAUUCACAAAAGCAGAAGUUUUUUCUUAAAAAAGUAAAUAAUAAUUUGCUCAUAAUUUGAUCCUUUUCUUGAGCAUGAUUUAUAAGGAUAUUAAGUCUGGUUGUUGUCAUUAAGCAUUACAUAAGUACUUGCCUGUGUUGGAUUAUGGUGUAAAUGAACUGACCCAGCAGUUUGAUAAUAAAAUGUUUCCUCUAUGUA